UAAACAAAGCGUUGCGUCAUUGUUAUUGUGGCAGUCGAAGCUCCUUCUGCUCCCAGACAUUUUGUCUCCAUUUCGCUCGAAAUAGGGCCUCUAAAGCCGCGGAGCCGCUAAAUUACACGCAGGAUAAUGUCGAUCCAGAAGGACGGUUCAUCCGACGAGAGUUUGCAAGGUUCCUGGGUUGAGCUGCAUUUCAGUGGAUCUGGCUCGAAAACCAGCAGUCACCAUGGAAGCCAGGAGCAAAUCCCCACCUCCAUCCAGGAGGCCGACCUGGAGAAGAUGCUGCUGGAGGCACAGCACGAGUCCGGCCGGAGCAGCUCCAGAGGAAGCUCCCAGUGCAACAGUCCUCUGAGAGCGCAGACCCCUCUUCUUCUGUGGAGAGGCUCAGAAGGGAACAGCUCGCAGUCUGAUGAAGACUCCCAGGAGAGAAGACGGGAGGUGGAGAGUUUAAUGAAGAAAAAUGCCGACUGGAUCUGGGAUUGGUCAAGUCGACCUGAGAACAACCCACCAAAGGAGUUCCUGCUGAAAUACCCGAAGCGGUCCACCACUCUCAGCAUCAGGAACACCAGUGUCAUGAAGAAGGGAGGCGUGCUCUCUGCUGACUUUCUCAAGCUCUUCCUUCCCUCAUUAAUCGUUUCUCACAUACUCGCCAUUGGCCUGGGGAUAUAUAUUGGGAAACGUCUAACGUCCCAUAACACCUACUGAGCGCGCUGGUGGAACAUUGCGACACCUUGUCACCGUCAUAUGACCAUCCUGGCAUGCCUUAAAGUUGGAGCCUGGGACGCCGGAGGGAGAGGCGGCUGUGUGGCCUGGACUGGAUGGGUUAAAGGGAGAGCCCCACAUGGCUCAAGCCACCAGCCGGGAGAGUUGUUGAUCUGUCAUCUGCUGGAAAACAACGGCGACCAAUCCGCUGCUCUUUGCUUGUCGUGGAGAUGAAUGUUUUUGCCGCUUCCUGUUCCUUAAAUUUGCACGUUAGGGACCUAAUAUAUACAUGUUAUACAUCACUGCCUUUUUUGCCAUUGCAUUGAUUACAUGUUUGUAUUUUUAAGAAGAGCUGUGAAUC